AUGGAUGGUGAUUUUAAUAUCUUCGGUGUAACGCUGACCCGUAAAGAUGUCGUGAAUGGAGGGAUCAUCGCCGCCGCCGUGCUCAGCGUCUCGCUGGUGGCUCUGAGCACGUAUGGCCGCCGCCGCUGCCGCCACCCGGCGGUCCGCUUCUUGGUGUGGGGCUUCUCCGUCGUGUUCCUGCCGCUCACGUCCUCCAUCAUCUCCUUCUUGCUGAGCAGCGCAUCGAAGAAGAAGCCGUGCGACAAGUCUCUGCCAAAAGCCGAACUUGAAGAAUGCAAACCAGAAAUCAAGGACAUGUGGACCGUCCUCCUGUGGACCGUGCUUAUCCUCACCAUCAAGUACGGCUGGGUCGGGUGGCUGAUUGUGAUGUGCUUUCCCUUGGCGGGAUGGGUGGAGAGCAAUAGAGCCGUCUUCGUCGCGUUCUGUGCGCUCGGCCCCGCUAAGGUGGCGCUCAAGCUGGCCGCCUUCUGGAGCGCGAGCGGCUCGUUCGCUCUCGGCAAGAACGCCCGGCUCAUCGCCGGCUACAUGGCGCAGCUCGUCGGCGACGGCGACGAGCAGGUGCCACGUUACAUAGUGAUGGGAGAGACGAAGAAGCUCGUCGAGGAGACUGCUCAGGGGUACCGCGUCAAGAACGACGUUCUUGAGGACAAGCUCAGCAGCCUUGUCACGCUUGACCGCGUGUGGAGGUUGGCGGAGCACGGCGACGGCAUCCUCGCCCAGCGGCAGGAGCUCAGAGACCUCUGCCUCUCCUACUCGCUGUUCAAGCUCCUGCGGCGGCGGCUGUCAGGGUACCCCCUGGCUGACGCCGGAUCAGGGGAGGCCCUUGACUUUGUUCUCAGAGGCAUGGACAGCGUCGGCGCCGGGGUUAACACCGACCGAGUGUUCCGUGUCCUCGUCGACGAGCUCUGGUUUGCAAGUGACUUCUACUACUCUCCCAUCCCGCUGUGCAUCUUCGGCGGGUGGUGUGCCGCUCUCAACUACCUCUGCUCCGUCCUCAUCAUCGUCGGAGCCGUAGCCGUGGGAUGGAUUUAUCUGGUCAAGGAUAAUCUGAUAAGUUCCACUCCUUACAAGGUCAUCACUGUCUCCCUCCUGCUUGCCGUCGUGCUCGUCGAGGCAUGGGAGAUCGUCGCCGGCGUGUGUUCCAACUGGACCAAGAUGGCCCUGCUUGGACACUACAUGAGGCACGAAAAGUCAUGGCGCCGCUCCGGCUGCGUCCACGCGGCGCUCACGGCGGUGCUGCGUCUCAGGCCAGCGAGGCGGUGGCGCGACAAGAUUGGGCAGAACUCGGUGCUAGAGCCUCGCCGGUUCCGCCGGCGCACCGCCGGGUUCCUCUCGGAGAAGUCUUACGGCAAAGCGGGGCUCAUGAGGUCGAUCGAGGUGUCGCCGGACGUGAAGGACGCGGUGAUCAGGUCGCUGUUGAACAGCUACGGGAGGCUGAGCAAAGACAGCGGCGCGGCGACGAGGCGAGUCGGCGCCACGGUUGACUGGGCCCUGUACGGUACCCAGAAAAGCUUGCCGUGGGACAGCGACGGAAGCAGCACCACCGAGCUGAUCCUCGCGUGGCACGUCGCCACGAGGCUCUUCGAGAUGAAGUCGACGUCGGCCACGCCGGACAUGAUCGCCGCCAGCCACCUCUCCAACUACUUUGCGUACCUGGUGGCGGCGGCGCCGGAGCUGCUUCCGGACUGCGCCGAGUGGUCCAACAAACGGUACAAGGAGGUGUCGGAGGACGCGCGCGCAGCGCUUGGGGCGGACAGCGGCGGCGAGUCUGCAGAGGGGAGGUACGGGCGGUUGGUGGCCGCGCUGAGCGAGGCGUCGCGGGACACCGUGCUCCGGCGGGGCGCGGAGCUCGGGCGGCACCUGGUGGCGCAGUACACCGACGACGAGGCGUCGGCGUGCCGGAUCCUGGCGGACUUCUGGUCGGAGAUGGCACUCUACGUGGCGCCGUCGGAGAACGUCAAGGGCCACGUCCAGGCCAUGGCGCGCGGCGGCGAGUUUAUCACGCUCGUCUGGGCGCUGCUUCUCCACGCCGGCGUCACCACCAGGCCUGAGCCUGACAUGCCAGGUGGUGGCGGUGCAAUCCCGUAA